UGCGGAGACGAAGAUGGUGCGGUUGUGGCCUUGUUGCCUACCUCGAGCAGCGGUCGGCCUCUCCACAUAGAACUCGGGAGUGGGAGAUUCAGAAUCGAAUCUCUUCUCCCUCCCCCUCCUGGUUACAAAUCACUUGAAAUUUAUAAGUUAGUGGAACUUUGCUUGAGUGAGAUUUUUUUGAUCUUCAGCUACAUUUUUCAGCUUUGUGAAGACCCUAGCAUCAAACACAAUGGCAAGCAAUGUUACCAACAAGACAGAUCCUCGCUCCAUGAACUCCCGUGUAUUCAUUGGGAAUCUCAAUACUCUUGUGGUCAAGAAGUCUGAUGUAGAGGCAAUCUUCUCGAAGUAUGGCAAAAUUGUGGGCUGCUCUGUUCACAAGGGCUUUGCCUUUGUUCAGUACGUUAAUGAGAGAAAUGCCCGAGCUGCAGUAGCAGGAGAGGAUGGCAGAAUGAUUGCUGGCCAGGUUUUAGAUAUUAAUCUGGCUGCAGAGCCAAAAGUGAACCGAGGAAAAGCAGGUGUGAAACGAUCUGCAGCGGAGAUGUACGGCUCCUCUUUUGACUUGGACUAUGACUUUCAACGGGAUUAUUAUGACAGGAUGUACAGCUACCCAGCACGUGUUCCUCCUCCUCCUCCUAUUGCUCGGGCUGUAGUGCCCUCUAAACGCCAGCGUGUAUCAGGAAACACCUCAAGAAGGGGAAAAAGUUUCAAUUCUAAGAGUGGACAACGAGGAUCUUCUUCCAAGUCUGGAAAGUUGAAAGGAGAUGACCUCCAGGCCAUUAAGAAGGAGUUGUCUCAGAUAAAACAAAAAGUGGAUUCUCUGCUGGAAAGCCUGGAAAAAAUUGAAAAGGAACAGAGCAAACAAGGAGUAGAGAUGAAGAAUGAUAAGUCAGAAGAGGAGCAGAGCAGCAGCUCCCAGAAGAAAGAUGAGACUAAUGUGAAGAUGGAGUCUGAGGGGGGUGCAGAUGACUCUGCUGAGGAGGGGGACCUACUGGAUGAUGAUGAUAAUGAAGAUCGGGGGGAUGACCAGCUGGAGUUGAUCAAGGAUGAUGAAAAAGAGGCUGAGGAAGGAGAGGAUGACAGAGACAGCGCCAAUGGCGAGGAUGACUCUUAAGCACAUAGUGGGGUUUAGGAAUCUUAUCCCAUUAUUUCUUUACCUAGGCGCUUGUCUAAGAUCAAAAUUUUCACCAGAUCCUCUCCCCUAGUAUCUUCAGCACAUGCUCACUGUUCGCCCCAUCCUUGUCCUUCCCAUGUUCAUUAAUUCAUAUUGCCCUGCGCCUAGUCCCAUUUUCACUUCCUUUGAUGCUCCUAGUAGUUUUGUUAAGUCUUGCCCUGUAAUUUUUGCUUUUAAUUUUGAUACCUCUUUAUGACUUAACAAUAAAAAGGAUGUAUGGUUUUUA